AUGCCGCCGCGGCGCGUGCUGGGCCCCGGCGGGCGGCGGACCCUUGGCCCCGGGGGCAAGAAGACCGGCGGCGGCGGCGGCGCCGGGGGCGGCGGCAGCAGCGACGCCGUCGGCGCCGCGCGCGAGCGCGGCCGCGUCGUCGCGCUGAAGAAGGCGGAGAAGUACGGCUUCAUCAAGCGCGAGGCGCCGGCGGAGCGCGGCGAGCGCCCCCUCUACUUCCGCUUCGAGGACUGCGACUGCGACGCGAGCCGGCUGCGGGAGAACGACGACGUGACGUUCGCGGCGUCGGACGCGCCCGACGACGGCAAGUUCGGCAAGCGCGCGUUCCACGUGGAGCUCGACCUCGUGCGCACGACGGAGGCGGACCCGGGCCGCUACGGCCACGUCGACAGCGUGCUCACCAACCUCCGGGUCCACGACGGCGCGGCCGUCGAGCGCGCGGGGAGCCGGCUCGCGGCGUGCGACGUCACGGAGGCGACGCGGUGGGCCGUGGGCCUCGCGGAUCGCGGCGCCGACGGCGUCGUGCUGCGCCAGGACGAGGUGCUCGACGCCCUGCGGCGCGACGACUGGCCCCUCGUCGGCGUCGCGGCGUUCCUCCGCGCGCUCGCGGACCCGGAGCUCGUCGAGCUGGCGCAGGCGGGCGCGGGCCCGGUCUACGACGCGUGCCUCGCGUCGCCGCUUCUGCUGUCGCCGAAGAUGGCGCGGGCUCUACUGCUCAAGGCGGGCACGGAGAAGCGGCCGCCCAAGGGGAAGCCGCCCGGGAAGUCCCAGGGCGCGUCGCCGGACGACGCCGCGGCCGUCGGCGCCGUCGCGGGCGUCGUGUCCGCGUGCCUCGACCGGGACCGGUCGGCCUACGUGGCGCUGGCCGACCUCCUGCUGGCGCUGGAGGACCUCGUCGCGGACCGGCGCCGCGACAAGGCGCCGGCCUGGAGGGAGGCGCUCGGCGCCGCGAAGCGCGUCGUCGACCGCGGCGCGAGCCUCCGCGCGGACGCCGCGCGCCUCGACGACGCCGCGGGCGGCGACGACUACCGCUACCUCAAGCUCUUCCCGUCGCGGGACGACGUGCUCGGCGACGGCGGCGACGACCUCGCGCCGAAUCAGGUCAGCGGGUCGCAGACCGCGGAGUGCUACGUGCGGACGCACUUCAAGCUGCUCCGCGCGGACUUCGUGGGCCCGCUCCGCGACGGCGUGCGCGCCGCGCGGCGCGGCGAGGCGUCGCGGGACGUCGACGUCUACCGGGACGCGCGCCUCGUGGGCGUGGCGCCGUCGCGGAGCGGCCUGCUGAGCGUGCUCGAGUGCGACGCGGGCCGCGAGCCGUGGCGGAAGACGCGGUGGUCGCGCGCGGGCGACGCGAUGAACAAGAGCCGGCUCAUGGGCGGCGGCCUCGUCGUCGUCGUCGACGCGGCGACGCUGGGCGACCGCGCCUGGACCUGCGGCGUCGUCGCGGAGACGCGCUGCGACAAGGGCAAGCUCCGCGUCCACGCGCGCCUCGACGACGACGGCGAGGCGUUGGUAUUUGGCGGCGCCUACGCCGUCAUCGACUGCUGCGCGACCUACUUCGAGGCCUACCGCUGGGUCCUGGCGAGCCUCCAGUCCCUGGAUUUAGAAGCUUUUUCGUCGAACGGCCUGCUGCGGACGCUGCUGGAGCUGCCGAAGACGUCGCCGCGCCCGACGUACCUGCGGAGGGGCCAGAGCUACGACCUGCGCGUCGACGGCGCCGCGGCGCGGGUCGAGGACGUCUUAGACGACGCGUCGUGGCCGGCGACGCUCGGCACGCUCGACGCGUCGCAGCUCGACGCGCUCAAGCACGGGCUCACGCGGUCGCUCGCCGUCGUCCAGGGCCCGCCGGGCACGGGCAAGACGCACGUGGGCCUCGCCAUCGCGCGCCACCUGCUGCUCAACGGCGCGGGGGCGCGGGGGAAGCCGCUGCUCGUCGUGUGCUACACGAACCACGCCCUGGACGCGUUCCUCGAGGGCGUGCUCGAGUUCGAGCCGAACGUGAUCCGCGUCGGCGGCCGGUCCAAGUCCGAGAAGCUCGCGGACCACAACCUGCGGGACAAGGCCGCGGAGCUGCGCGAGCUCGACAAGAAGUGCAGCGACGGGUCCAUGUUCGGCGCCGUCCACGUCCGCGCGCGCCGGAGCCUGCUCGCGCGGCUGCGGGAGCUCGAGGAGACCGCGGCGCGCCUCGCGGAGGACGCCAGGGAGGCGGCGACGCGGGGCCCGGGCGUCGACGACCUCGAGGACCUGGCGACGCCGCGCCAGCUGCGGAGCCUCUACGGGCGGCCCGUCGACGGCUGCGUCUUCGAGGCGUGGCUCGGCGUCGCGCCGGCGGCGCUCCUCGGCGCGCCGAAGCGGGCCGAGCCCCGGGCCGACGCCGGCGCCGACGGCGACGCGCCGCUGAAGGACGACCCCGACGCGUUAAACGCCGCGGCCGUGCGCGCCGACGAGCGCGAGGACGGCCCGGACGGCAAGCCCGACCGCCGCGCGGAGCGCGUCUUCCGCGUCGCGUCGCCGCCCGCGCUCGCGCCGCGCUACGCGGCCCGGGCGCCGCGCCGCGACGCCGGGGACCGGGACGACGUCUGGGCGCUGCCGACGCCGGAGCGGCGGCUCCUCUUCCUCCAAUGGGCGGCCGCGCUCUACGACGACGCCGUCGCCGGUUUGGCGUCGGUCCGCGACCGUUUGGACCGGUCGCGGCGCGAGCUCGACCGCCUGGACCGCGACGUCGACGCCGAGGCGCUGCGGGGCGCGCGCGUCAUCGGGCUGACGACGACGGCCGUCGCGAAGCGCCGCGAGCUCCUGGCCGUCGUCGAGCCCGAGGUCGUGGUGGUGGAGGAGGCCGCGGAGGUGCUCGAGGCGCACGUGCUCGCGGCGCUGGGCCGCCACACGCGGCAGCUCGUGCUCAUCGGCGACCACGAGCAGCUGCGGCCCGGCACGGCCGUGUUUCGCCUCGCGACGCGCUACAACCUCGACGUGUCGCUCUUCGAGCGCCUCGUGAAGAACGGCGUCGACCACGUGACGCUCGCGAGCCAGCGGCGCAUGCGGCCCAACAUCUCGCGGCUCGUGCGGUCCAUCUACCCGAAACUCGCGGACCACCCGUCGACGGGCGACCUGCCGCUCGUGCGCGGCGUCGCGCGGAACGUCUUCUUCCUCGACCACGCGAUGGCCGAGCAGGGCGACGCGUCCAAGUCCAAGUCGAACGCCGGCGAGGCGGCGCUCGUCGCGCGGCUCGCCGAGUACCUCGUGCUCGGCGCGCCGCGCUACGGACCGGACCGGGUCACGGUGCUCGCGACCUACGUCGCCCAGGUCGGCCUGCUGAAGCGGUCGCUCGCCGCGCGGGGGCUCGACGACGUCCGCGUGUCGUCGGUCGACAACUUCCAGGGCGAGGAGAACGACGUCAUCCUCCUGAGCCUCGUGCGCAACGACGGCCGCGGCGCCAACGCGACGAAGCGCGACCGCGGCGGCGCGACGGUCGGCUUCCUCGCCGUGUCGAACCGCGCGUGCGUGUCGCUCACGCGCGCGCGGAGCGGCCUCUUCGUCUUCGGCAACGCGUCGCUCCUCGGCGCCAAGUCGGACCUCUGGCGGUCCAUCCUCGCGGACCUGCGCGCCAGCGGCGACGUCGGGCCCGCGCUGCCCCUGAAGCCCGGGUUCCGCGACGGCGACGACGCCGUCGUCAAAGCGUACUCGCCCACGAACGUGCGGGAGCCGUCGCUCCGCAGGAUGUCGAGGCGGACGGGACCGCCCCCGAAGCUCAUCUCGAGCAAGUCCUCAAAAUCGCUCUACGGCUCGCAACCGUUCGGCGACGCGCGGUCCUGCGAAAUCUUCGUCGAGCACGCCGUCGCCGGCUUCUGGCACUGCGCGUCGUGCGGCGUGCCCAAGUGCUCCCACUUCAACGCGAAGCGCUGCGCGGCCGUGCCGCCGCCCAAGGACCACGCGGGCCCCGUGUACCAGCGCAAGGGGAGCAAGCGCGGCGGGUCGUGGCGCGACCGCGAGGCGACGCUCGUCGCGGGCAAGCUCAAGCUCUUCGAGGUCGCGGAGGGCGGCGGCCCGGGGCCCCACGUCGCGACCUGUGUCGCGACCUACGUCGUCGACGCGAACGCCCACGUCGUCGUCGGCGACCAGAGCGAGGGCCGGCGCCACGCGCUGCGCAUCGAGACCGCGUCCGGCGCGCGCGUGCGCCUCGCGUGCGCCGCGCCCGAGGCGCGCGACGCGUGGGUCGCGGCGCUCGUCGCGACGCAGGCGUGGCUCGUCAGGGUCCGCGCCUGGCGGAGCGAGGCGGCGCACGGCGUCUUCGACGGCGCCUACGAGGCCGCCGGCGGCGAGCGGCGGCGGCGAGCGAAGCUCCGGGACGAGCGGACGGCGCUCGACCGGCGGCUCCGCGCGCUGAUGGAGGACUGCGAGGCGCUCGCGGCGGCCGCGCGGAGCGCGCGCGCGCCGGGCGCGAUCCGCGACGACGGCGGCGCGGCGGGCGCGGCGAAGCGCGCGGGCGAGCGCCUCGCGGCGCGCCUCGAGACGUCGACGGACCGCGACCUCGUCAAGGCCUUCGGGAAGGGCGUCGCGGGCAAGGCCUGCCGGUCGCUCAUGAAGCUCAACGAGGCCGCGCACCGGCGCCGCGUCGCGCUCGCCGCCGAGCGGCCCCCCGCGGCCGCGUCCGCGCUCCGCGCGCCCGUCGGCGAGGGCCUGAAGAUCGCCGGCGUCGACGCGCGCGACCGCGCCGCGGCCUGCACGCGCGUGCUCUGCAGCCUCGCGCGCGAGCCCACGCUCCAGCAGGCGCUGAGCGCCUACAGCGCGACGCGGAGCGGCCGCGGCGGCGCGGCGCUCACCGGCGCGGACGAGAUCGUCGCGCCGACGCUGCUCCUCGCCGACGCGGCGCUCCUCAGCUACGGGCCCGCGAACCUCGACUCCUUAGCGCCCACGAACGAGAACGCGGCCGCGUACGCGACGACGGUGCUGCUCAACCUCGCGUCCGCGGCCGCGGCGUCGACGGAGGGCCACGAGGCCGUGACGGCCGCGCUGCGGGACCUCGGCGCGGCGAAGCACUGGCCCGGGACGGACUCGCGGGGCCUACAGUGCGAGCCCUGGGGCUGCGUCGAGGCGCGGCUCCGCGACGCGGCGACGCACCUCGUCGCGCGGACGGGCCGGGCCCACGCGGGCCGCGACUCGACGCCGACGUGGGCGAGCGCGUACUGCGCGGGCCUCGCGGACCUCGUGGCGACGCUCGCGGCGCGGCCCAGGGGCCAGGCGCCGCGGACCGUGCGCGCGCGGCUCCGGCUCCGCGCGGAGCUCCGCGCCUGCGGCGUCCAGGACGCGUUAGACGCGCUGCGCGAGGCCUGCGGCGCGCCGACGCCGUCGCGGCGGUCGGCGCCGUCGCUCCGCGAGGAGCUGACGCCGAAGGGCGGCCUCUUCGCGCGCGAGGCGCCGGACGCGAAGAAGCCCGUCGCCAAGGCCGCGGAGCCGGCGGCGCACCCGGGCAUGACGCGCCUCGCCGCGCGGCUCCACGUCGUCCGCAUCGUCGACGAGCUCGACCGCGUCGCCCUCGACGACGACGACUCCGAGGCGCUGCGCGUCGCCCGGGACGGCGACCUCGCCGCGCUGCUGCGGCGGCCCGACGUCGCGGCGGCGGACGCGCGCGACCACCUCGCGUCCCUGGUCGCGCGCGUCGACCGCGGCGUCGCGGGCUGCAACGACGUCCGCGCCAUCGCGGCGGCCGCGGACGCGCUCGACGCCGCCGCGGAGCAGCUCGACGCCUCGGGCGACGCGCCGCGGAGGCCCCGCUCGGCCCUCGCGGCCGCGGCGGCGGCCGCGCCCUUCGCGGCCGCCGCCGGACGCGCGCCCUUCGCCGCCGAACGCGCGCCCCUCGCGGCCGCGUCGCCCGAGGCGGAGACGGCGGCGGCGACGGGCGCCGUCGCGCGCAUCCUCACGCGCUUCUUCCCGAACCUGAAGGCCGCCGACGACGCGCCGGCGCCGGCCGAGCGCGCGGCCGCGGCCGCCGCCGAGUCGGACGCGCCCGUCGCCGUCGUCCUUCGAGUCGACGCGCCGCCGCCCGCGGAGGACGGCGAGGACAAGGCCGUCGCCAAGUACCGCAAGCUGCUCAAGAUGGGCAUGCCGCGCGACGGCAUCGCGACGAAGAUGGCCGCCGAGGGCCUCGACCCCGCCUUGCUGGGCCUCGAGCCGCCCGCGGCGCUGGCGCGCGAGCGGUCGACGCGGGCCUACCCCAAGCCCGUCGCCGCGCCGCGGGCGACGGAGAAGCUCAAGGCGCUCUGGUGGGAGCCCCUGGACCAGGCCGCCUACGCGAAGUCGUUCUGGAGCGCCGGCCGCGACGCGGACUUCGAGGCCGCGCGCGCCGCGCUGCGCGCGAGGCUGCCGGACCUCGCGCGCGACUUCCGCCAGGAGGCGGGCGCGGCGCGAAACGGCCCGCCGGCGGCGCUCCGCGAGGAGGCGUCCCAAAAAAACUUCGCGGCGCCGCUCGACGCGAAGCGCGCGCAGCAGGCCGCGCUGUCGCUGCGGAAGAUCCAGGACGCCGGCCUCGGCGACGCGGCCCGCGUCGCCGCGGCGCUCCGGGGCGAGCGCGGCGCGGACCUCGGCCUCGACGAGGACGCGCUCGAGCUCGUGCGCCGCGUCGGCCUGCCGCCCAAGGCGGCCGACGACGCCGGCGAGCGCGCCGCGCUCGCCGCCGCGCUCCGGCGGCCCGCGCCGCUCCGCGACGCGGACCGGUGGGUCGCGGAGUUGGUGGCGUCGACGCCCCGCCUCCGCCAGCGCGUCGACGUCGCCCUCUCGCGGCUGACCGCGCCCGCGCGCCUCGCGGCGGCCGCGGCGGUCGUCGACCGCCUCAAGACCGCCGUCGACGCCGCGCGGGGCUCGCCGGCGCUCAGGGCGACGCUCCGCCUCGCUUUGGUCGUCGGCAACGCCGUCAACGCGGGCACGAGCCGCGAGGCCGCGGGCGUCGGCGUCGGCGACCUCCACAAGCUCGCGCAGGUCAAGGGCUCCGCGGGCGCGCGGCCGUCGCUGCUCCGGUUCCUCGCGGAACUCGCGCGCGCGGCGCCGGGCCUCGCGCCCUGCGGCCGCCUCGGCCUCGAGGUCGUCGCCCCGCUCGCCCGGGCGACCAAGGACGAGCCCGGCGCCCUGGGCGACGCGCUCGCGGGGCUCCGCGCGGACGUCCGCCGCGCCGAGGCCGAGGCGAACGAAGGGCCCGACGACGCCGCGCCGCUCCGCGACUUCGCCCGGUGGCUCGAGACGCAGGUCCGCGGCCUCGUGGCCGCCGAGGCGACGGCCGCGCGCGACGCCGACGCGCUGCUCGCGCUCUUCGGCGCCGACGCCAAGGGCGACGCCGCGCGACACCGCGCGUGGCUCGCGGAGCUUCUCGACUUCGCGCGGGCCUUCGACCGCUGCCUCGCGGACCUCGCCGCGGGCGACGCGCGCGGCCGCCGCGCCGACGACCGCGCGAAGCGCGAGGCCGCGCGGCGCCGCGCGCGCGCGAACCACGGCCUCGCGCCCGACGGCAAAGGCGAGGUCCGCGACCUCUUCGACGACGGCGCGAACCUCCUCGGCAUGCUCGAGCGCCGCCGCGUCGCCAUCGAGGGCGGCGACGACGACGACUUCGCGUCCGAUGAGGGCGACGACGACUGGGACGACUAA